UUGGAACAGAACUUGGAACUAUCAGAGUUCAAUAAACAAGUUCUUGGUGUAUUGCCGAAGCUUACAUGCAGCUUAUACUUUGAUGUGACAUUUUCUAGCUCUUGUGGCUUAGAGAAGACCUUUGAAACUGCACUGUUUGGUUUUCUUGGUGUCCCUCUACGCCAUGGCUGGUUGGUAGAUCCCCAGGAUGCUGUGUUGGACUCCUCGAUACAUAGAAGCUCCUACUCCAAACUUUCGUAUAAUCUUGCUAUCUUUGAAUCAAUUAGACCCAAGACAAAUUCAGGGCCUCAAAAGCAUGGUCGAUAUGAAGAUGAUAUGUUCUAUUCAGCGCUUGCAUUCUCUAAAACUGGAUCAGAAAAAGAACUUGAUUCUACUUCUUGAAAUCUCGACAACACAAGUGUUCAAUUUUUCUGCACAAAACUAUAUUUGCAAGUUCCCGAUACUUUGUUUCUUUGUUCACUAUUUUUAGGUGCAACAAUCUCAACAUUUUUGCAGGGCCCUCAGCUAACCCGAUAUGGAUUCUCUUCCUUACAUAAUGACCUCAUAGCGUUACAACCUACUGUCCUGAUCUGGAAUGAAAACUUAAUUACAAUAUCUAAGUUUGAAGACAAAAUAUAUGUGUUGCUGAAUGAUUUGUCCUUGUUCAAAACUAAAACCGAUGCUGUGUGGGAAAGGUUAACACAUGUAUGUUAGUUGAUCUUUUUAUGUUGAAUGUAACUAUAAUAUGCUAGAUGUUUUUCUUUUGCAUGGUUAAUUAGGCAAAUAGUAAACAGGGGGAAACUAAUACACUGGUUCUACAUAUCCGACGCUGUCAGGUAUGUUUGUCGGACAACAAUUUCUUGCGCAUGGUCUCGUAGGACAUGCCCGACAUUGACCUAGCUGACGCCAUUAGGCUUUCUGGCGGGUAACAGUUUGCCGCACAAAGUCCUGUUGGGCAUGACCGGACGUCAGUCAAGCUUGUCGGGCACCAGUUUGCGGCACACCUCCUUUUGUUGGACAUGCUAGUUGAUUUUUUAUGUUGCAUGUGACUAUAAUAUGCUAACUGUUUUUUUGCAUGGCUUAUUAGGCAAAUGGUGAUGGAGUUUUUGUUGAUUGUAACUUUGUGCCUACAGAUUCUAAGAUUCAAUCAGUACUGCCACUGAUGAAAACUGAAAGAAAGAAAAGGAUAAAAGAGAAGAUGGAUCUGAAGAAGAAAUAGAAGGAUAGUAACAAGGACAAAGAUGAUAAGGAUACCAAGGAUAAAGAUGAUGGGAAAGAAGAGGAUAGUAACGAGGACAGAGAUGAUAAGGAGAUCGAGGAGAAAGAUGAUGGGAAUGCUGCCCCUCAAACCUAUUUCUUGCAGGGCAGGCAUAUCAACUUGAAUGUUAGGCCUAUCAAUUUUCUUGGACUAUCUACCCAUGUUAUCCACCAGAUAAAUGAUGGCCCAUGCGCCCUUAUUGCAGUCUGCAAUGUUCUAUUGCUCAGGGGGACAUCUCUUUUGAACCACAUGAAACUGUGGUGUCAAUGGAGUAUCUACUUGGCCUUGUCCUUGCUCUUCUUGGAGGAAGUGUGAAAAUGCAGGACUAUUCUGAUGAAAGAAAAAGUCAGAUAUUGGAUGUGGUGAAGAGUCUGGCCGGAGGGUUUGAUAUGGAUGUUAUCUUCACCAGAACGGAUGGUUUUACAAUGACUCAAGAGUGGUUGCUUCUGGAUUGCUUAGAUCUCAACCUUCGACAUGGUUGGAUUGCUGCUAGGGAUUUGUUGACCGGACCCGAAGUAUCAUUUGAAAGUCUUACAUUGGCUUCUAAUGAACCUGGUUUUCCACAUGCGGAGGAGAUCAAGAAUUUUCUAAGGGGACCUCAACUUACUCCCAUUGGCUUGGUUUCGCUGCAAGAAGACUUUGUUGAGAAUGUUCCGUGCAUUCUGUUCUGGAACAAGCAUUACCAUACUAUAGUUAUGAUCAAUGGAGUAUUAAAUUCUCUAGUCACUGAUUCUAAUUAUUUAGAAACUCGUAUAGUUUGGCAGACGCUUGACGGGGUCAACGGUGAUGGAGUAUAUUUGGACAACAACUUCACACCAGUUUAUGUGGGGCUAGAUGCAGCUACUUCUGUAUAUGUAAUGUGGCCCAAAAUAAAUUAAUUUUCUGUAUCUGCAAUACUUUGUUAUUAUGAGAGAUGGUUAUAGUUCUCACUUUGUUCCUACUGAAGAGGAUACAUCGCAUGAGAAGUCUGUGCCUGGUCCUCAAUUUGUUCAUGAAACAUGGGAAACAUCACUUGAGGAUUUUUUUCAGAUACCUGGUAAUGAGUUCUCUGAAGCUAAAACUAUAUUUGCUGAUGGUACUUUUUUAGAGAUUGCUGAUACCACAAAGAUAGGCAGAGUUUUUGGACUGGAUCUGUUGCAAGAAAUGAUUUAACCUCAUAACGCGGGAUUAAGUUGGAAUGGACAGUUUGACGUUAGUACAAUAGUUGUCAUUGAUGGGGUCCGUGCUGAAAUCCGUGCACCUUAUUGUGACAAGUUCUCUAAAAAGGCAAAAUUCAAUGACUACUUUAUUUAUCUUCACAAUAUUAUUGAGCUAUAUAGAAUAAAAGGGGUUGGUCUAUCGACAUUUUUUACCCACUUGACCAAUAAGUUGUCAGAACCUCCCUGCAGACCUUUAGUAUGUAGCCCACAACAACUUGAGGGCUACUGACGUCGACUUUAUGGAUUCUGGGAUUGUGUAUUGAGUACCCUGGCGCUGAGGAUCUCAUUGGCUAGAGCUGGAUUAUAUUAUGGAAUUCAUAGAAUACGUCGCUUGGCACCAUUGGAUGUGAGAAAUGCUUUGAAAUCAGUACUGUCAAGUACUCCUCUUAAAUAUGAUUGGAAAGAGUAAAUUUCACAACAUGGACAUCCAGUCCUCAAAAAGGUUUUAAGGCACAUCCCUGUUGAAGAUAAAAGCAACAAAAAGGUUCAGGAGAAUGAAGGCGCACGCGUACGGGGGUAUGGGUUGUAUAAACCUGAUGCUGGUAGCUUGUCUAUUUUUGCAAGACAAAUAAGCGAACAUGGAAAGCAAAAGCCUAAGGAGGAUGAAUGUCAACAAGAGGAGGAAGAACCUUUUAACAAACUUCCAGAAUUGGAUCUUCUGAGCUCAAUGUAUCUCGAAGACCUUCCAGCUGUCUUGGAAAACUUGCUAUGCUGUGACCAUCUUAUGACAGAUGAAUUGUGAGAAUGGUAAGGGCAAUAAAUUUUUAUGGCACUGUCUUAGCAUUUAGUUUAUGUUAGGAUUACUCAGCCUCUUCACUUUUGCUUGCUGCAGCUGCUUGGCCCAGAUCUGCUGGUCUAAGCAGCUGCAGCCCCAUAUCCUUCAAUAUUUUUUUGAUAGCUCAAUUGCUUUGCGGGCGUGUUUGCUUUGAAGCCUUAAAAAGCUGCCAGCGCCAGGCAGCAUCAUCUGGGAUCUGAUUAUGCUUUCUUGAUAUUGCCUGGUAUAAGCAGGUUUCACAAGGCAUCAACCAAACAAGCCCUGGCUGCUGCAUCAGCAGCACAAGCUACA